CCGGUGGCGGCAGAUCCACCCGGCUCCGGAGCAUGUUUGGAGCUGCCCGGGCAAAGAGCCUGAGCGCAGCCCGGGGAGCUCCGGGCUGAGGCAGCGGUGGCAGCCGCGGUACCCGGUUCCCCCCCCCCGCUCCCCAUCGCCGCAACCGGAGCCGGAACCGGAGCCGGGAUCGGGAUCGGGAUCGGGCUCGGGACCGGGGUCGGGGCCGGACCGGCGGGAUCUGCCCCGGCGAGCGGUUCGGCGGAGGAGCGGAGCGGGGAUGGGAGGAGGAAAUCCUGUGAAUGUCAUUGGGGGGCGGAGGGGGAACUCAGCUGGUGAAAAGGCUUCCAGAGCAGACAGCCUUUGCGGGGGCAGCGGGGGCAGAUCCCACCACAGGCACGCUACAAAGGAACAAACCCUGCCAAUGUCAUCGGCCAUCGAGAGGAAAAGCCUCGAUCCUUCCGAGGAGCCAGUGGAUGAAGUCCUCCAAAUUCCCCCUUCGCUGCUGACAUGCGGCGGUUGCCAGCAGAGCAUCGGGGACCGCUAUUUCCUGAAGGCCAUCGAUCAGUACUGGCACGAAGACUGCCUCAGCUGCGACCUGUGCGGCUGCAGGCUGGGAGAAGUGGGGAGACGGCUGUACUACAAACUGGGCAGAAAGCUCUGCAGAAGGGACUAUCUCAGGCUUUUUGGCCAAGAUGGCCUCUGCGCCUCCUGCGACAAGCGAAUCCGGGCUUACGAGAUGACCAUGCGGGUGAAGGACAAAGUGUAUCACCUGGAAUGCUUCAAAUGUGCUGCCUGCCAGAAACAUUUCUGUGUUGGGGACAGAUACCUCCUCAUCAACUCGGACAUAGUGUGUGAACAGGACAUCUACGAGUGGACUAAGAUAAAUGGAAUGAUCUAGCAAAGACAUGCCUCAUAGCCUAGAAAAGACAUCUCACGGGUGACACCGAUGCAUAGCUGCAGUGAGGAGAUCAUCACUUGAGCUAUGGGCUUUGUCUAAAAUGGGGGGAAAAUACCACGGAGUCGGCCCUUUGCAGGCAGUGCUACGUAGAAUCUAAACUACACAUAGGUGAAGAAGGGAGACCGAAGCAAUAGUAGAUAAACUGACUUCUGUUAACAAACGUAUACAGACAAUAACUGACAUCAGGCAUGUAGGCGAGAGUUGGGGAACAAACACAAUGCGAUAACGAAUUCUCGUAACUGGAAAAAGAGUAGGGACUUCUGUAAAGAGAUGUUAUGACUUUGUCACCUGCAGACUAGGAUUGUGCAAUUGAAUUUUCUUUUCGUCUUGUUUUAGUUACUGAGUUUAGACGACAGCUCCUAAUGUAGGUAUGAGGAAGAACACUGAAAGAAAUGGGCCAUCGCUUACGUGGUCAUUCUAUACGGCCUUACACUUUGUGUAGGAGAGAAAGUGGGAAGAGGGUGGGGGUUAUUUUUGCAUGGAUUUUUUUUUUUUCUUUGAGAAUGAACAGUGCAUCCUCUAGUCCCAAACUCUUCUUUAAAAAAAUCCUGCUGAAUAGUUGGUUUUGGGCACUGCUGUUUCAAGAUGAGAUGUUCCACAGAUCAUUUCUAUACAAAUAUAAAUCUAAAGAGUUGUUCAACUAUUUUAUUAACUUAGAUUAUAUCGAUAAAAUAUUUGUUGUGUGUAGUAAGACUCUGCAGCUUUAAUAAAAAUAACAGAAGAUU